AUGUUGGAUCAAUGUGUAGGUGAGCGAAAGCUCAUUUCAAGUAGGCAUAUUGAGUUGCCUAUUAUAGCAUUUGAUGAACUGAAGACUGAUUACAAGAAUCCUAUAGACCAGUGUAAUACCCUGAAUCCUCUUGUACUUCCAGAGUACCUCAUCCAUGCUUUCUUCUGUGUCAUGUUUCUUUGCGCAGCAGAGUGGCUUACGCUGGGUCUCAAUAUGCCUCUCUUGGCCUAUCAUAUUUGGAGGUAUAUGAGUAGACCAGUGAUGAGUGGGCCAGGACUUUAUGACCCUACAACCAUCAUGAAUGCAGAUAUUCUAGCAUACUGUCAGAAAGAAGGAUGGUGCAAAUUAGCUUUCUACCUUCUAGCAUUUUUUUACUACCUAUAUGGCAUGAUCUAUGUUUUGGUGAGCUCUUAGAACAACACACAGAAGAAAUGGUCCAGUUAAGUGCAUGCAAAAAGCCACCAAAUGAAGGGAUUCUAUCCAGCAAGAUCCUGUUUCCAGGAAUAGCCUAUGGAAAUGAUCUGUUUCUUUUAAAAAAUGACUCCUUAUUUUUUAAAUGUUUCCACAUUUUUUGCUUGUGGAAAGACUGUUUUCAUAUGUUAUACUUGGAUAAAGAAUUUAAAUGGAAUUACGUAUAAAUUAAUAUAAAAUGAUUACCUCUGGUAUUGACAGGUUUGAACUUGCACUCCUUAAGGAACAGCCAUAAUCCUCCAAAUGAUUGCAUUAAUUACUGAUGGUCCUUAGUCCAUUGGAACCUUUUGUUUAUAGGAACUUGUAGGGCUCUUUUGGUUUUAUUGAAAUGCCAUUUUGGUUUUAUUGAAAUGCCAUCUAAUAAAUUAGCUGUAGAUAUCAGGUGCUUCUGAUGAGCUGAAAAUGUGUAUCUGACUUGUGGAAAACUAUCUAGUUUUCCUCAUUUAUCGUGUAGAUGAUUAUAUAUGGAUACAUUUACAAAAAUAAGAAGAAUGGGAUUUUUUCCCUUUGACUUGAAUAUUAUUCCUGUAUAUUGCAUGAAUGAGAGAUUUUCCAUAUUUCCAUCAGAGUACUUACUAUACUUGCUUUAAUUCUUAAGCAUAAGCGAACAUGAUAUAGAAAUAUAUACUGAAUUACUUGUGAAGAAUGCAUUUAAAGCUAUUUUAAAUGUGUUUUUAUUUGUAAGACAUUACUUGUUAAGAAAUUGGUUAUAUUAUGCUUACUGUUCUAAUCUGGUGGUAAAGGUAUUAAGAAUUUGCAAGUACUUUAGGUUUUCAAAGCGAAUUGAGAGAGAAUUGUAUAACCAUCUUGCUGUUCCUUUAGUGCAAUACAAUAAAACACUCAAAUUAAGAUUCAUUUUCAGUGCAUUGUUUCAAAGAUUACACACAGCUAUUUCUCACUUGCUCAUCCAAUAAUAAGACAUAUUACUGUCCUUUUAAAAGGUAGAGUAUUACUUUAUUUUUUUCCUUAAAUAUACCCUAAUAGGAUCUGAAAUGGCCAACCACAAUCUAUGUUACCAUAGGAGAAGAAUUUUUACUGUUGAUAGUACAGCAGCAUUUCUCCCACUAAUUUCAAAAGUGAUUGUGGCACUUGAAAUACUUUUGAGUUUUUUCUUUUUGGUUAAGGUAAAGUGACUCAUAAUUUGAGUUUCUGCUGUUGCUUGUGAGGCAGUCAAAGUAAGGCUUGCAUGUUUUAUAAGCAUUCCCGUCCUUUAUUUAAGAUGAGGAAUUCAGGGCACUUGAAAACAUAACUGGCUCAGAUGUUUAGCAAAGGAUCAAAGGAAAAAAUAUAAAUUCACAUAGUGAGUGAUCAAGGGAGUUCAUAGAUGCAUUUGUAGGGGGUCUUGUUCUAAGAACUUCUUGUAUUGUUGUUUUAUUCUCUACUAGUGAAAAAAUGCUUGAAAUGAUGCUUCCCUAGGGAAGAGAUAAUACUGUCUUAGGGAGAAGAGAUGUUACCGUCUGGGAUUGGGUAACUGGGAUGAAUACACUCAAGAAGAAAUUAUAGAACCUAAGGAGAAAUUGUUCAGACAUUUUAAAAGGAAGGCCUGUAAUUUAUAGUCUAGGAACACCUAGAGGGAACUGACUGUUCUUCAGGUUAGGCUGUAAAUUAUUUAUUGAACAUUUGCUAGGCAGUCAGUUUCUAUCCUAUCUAUAUCAGCAGCUACUCUAAUUUUCCGUUCUCAUUCACAAGUACUGUUGAUCAUGACAGACCUACCUGGUCCUGUCAACAGUCCUGAUUGAUUUCCUAAGUUUUUGUAUUCCUGUUCUUUCAAAGAAGACAUACUUCAUGAUUUUCAACAACCAUCCUGUUAAUCUAUUCUUGAAUUUUCUCCAACAUCAAUGCCAAGUUUAUGGGCUGGAAGCCACAUUCUCAUGCUUUCAAAAUCAGAUUCCUCCCACAUUGACAAUUAGGUUCACCCAUCUCACUUGUAGGUUAUUAACUCCUAGGUAUGUCAUUAAGUAGCUAAAUAUGCUUAUGCCUACUCAUUUUUGCCUUUUUAGUGUCAGACAAGUAAGCAUAAACAAAGUACUUGCAUCUGACAGUAUCCCACGAACUCUUUCCUUGGCUCUGAAUUUAACCUGUUCCCUAUGUUAAUGUAUAUGGGAUGGCCCUCGUCUUUUGUCAUUCCUGGAAGUUCAGCUGAGGCAGUUAGCCUGGUUAGCCAUAGUCAGCCUUUUCAAUUUGUCACACGCUCACAUUGCGCAGUGGAUAGUUUAUUUAAGCACACUUCCUUUUUACUGUACUUUUGAUAUGUACUACAUUUUAUCUAUCAGGUCUGUAGCUCUCAGAAACCAUUUCCCCAUUUUGUGCUAUCUUAUUUCAUCUAGUAUAACUCUGUAGUUCUGUUUAUACCAACAAUUACUGCUAUGGAUUACUACAGAUUCUCCUGAAUUAAAAUCUUAGAUAAUAACGCCUGCUUCGUAGUUACUCAGUUGAGUAAUACUGUAUCAUGGCAGUGGGCCCCUUGAGUACUUAGGAGCUAUAGGGGUGGAAACUAUUAAAUACCUUUUUCUGAAAUGACAUCUGAGGUUUUCACCAUGGUUAACUGAUACUCUUACUCAUCAUCCCAGGUUAGGGGAGAAUUUGGUCCUGGACUACAAACUGCUAAUUUGUUUGAAAUUUGAAUUACUUUUCAUGGGAAAGGGAAAUAAUAGAUAAUCGUUGGCUUGUAUGAGUAUUAGUAAGCAAAGCUUCAUCAAGUACACCUGGAACAGCCAAGCUUUUCAGUCAAAUGCCUGGGAAUGAUCAGGUAUAUAGCUGUCACACAGCUCUUCUGUAUUCCUCAAACUAUGUAUUCUGAAGAUAGGUCUAAUGCAUAAAUAAAACUGCUUUGAAAUUGGCAAAGACUCUGGGUAUAGUGCAAGUGGUAAGAGCAGGCCAUGAGUUCUAUCAUUCCCCUUCUCCCUUAAAAAGGGUGGCAAAAUGUUUUCUUUGAUACAACAUUUCUCCAAUUAUGUGUUCAUAGAGUACUUUGGCCAUGGAGCAACUGAUGAUUUUUGUGUCUCUCUUCUCCCCUUCAGGGGUCAACUUUUGAUUUAAGUUGUAAAUAUAUCAUAAUACUAUUUCAAACCAAUUCAAAUAAUGGUAUGUAUUAAAAAGUACAUAUCCAAUUAUUUGUCAUUUAGUAUCCACAAAUACACAUCUCUCAAUUGUGUAACUGUUGGUCAGAAAUUGUGAUGACAAAAAUAUUCUAAAGCAAGACUCAUUUUAGAGGGAAUGGAAAAGUAACAAUCCCUUGACUGGCAUUUGAAACUACUAUAUUAGUCUCAAAUAAUCAUUGAUCUGUGGAUCAGACUAGCAGCUGUUGAAUCUGUCUCUAGUAUUGUGGUUUAGGAAAUGGUUCUGAAUAAGAUCCCAGAGUGAGGCUAAGAGGAAAAGUAUGGCUCUGUUUGUGGAUACAUUAAACAAUUUCUACAUUGACUAAAGUUCCUAAAGCUAAGUGUCUAAAAGGAGUAAGUGCUGCUUCUUCAGUUUGCUUUGGGAAGUAGUACCAACCAUGUAGGGUGUUUAGUCUGGGGUCAGAGUGUGUUUUGUCUUGCAUCAGUUUAAUGCACAUUGGAGAAGACCUAGCAUCUUGAUACACAAAGGAAUGACUUGCAUCUCGUAUUCCCAUUUUGUGUUGUACAAUGCUUUUUCUAAGUAAGUUUCUUUGGUUACCAUGUUAAUGUAUUCUGGAGAAGAAAAAUGGACUGAUGACUAAACUCUUAACAACACUGUUAAGAGUAACAUAAAAUGCAGUUUGCUAUCUUUGCCCAUGGUUUGUUAAAUCUAAGCUUGAUGGUGCUGUUCAACUGUCCAAAGAAAAUGCACUUAAGUAGUCCUAUUUCUUAGAGCUUGCUUAUUUUGCUUUUGUAUAUUUAAUAAAAAUAAUCUCAAGUA